GGUAAGGUGGAGGUGUGUUUGCAAUGCAUGAAACAUACAUUUAGUUUUCAAUAUUAGAAAAAAAAUAAAGGAAUGCAGAUGGGUAGUAUUAGUGAUGAUGACUAUUAUAUUCAUAGACAUACAAGGAAAAUGGAGAUCUGACGGUUGUUUGGAGGUUGAAAGAAAUGCUCUCAUGCAAAUUAAGCCUUUCUUCAACUAUCAUAAUGGCAAUUUUCUCUCUUCUUGGGGGUUUUAUGAUGACUGCUGUAAUUGGAAUAAAGUUGUUUGCAAUACUAUUACAGGACGAGUUACUGCACUCCAACUUGGAGGCACAAGGCAUGGUUGGGAUUCAAAAGAUUGGUACCUAAAUGCCUCUUUGUUUCUUCCCUUCCAAGAACUAAAAAAUCUCUCCGUGUUCGGCAAUAACAUAGCUGGUUGCAUUGAGAAUGAAGGUUUGUCUCUUUCAUUAUACUAUCAUUUAUUAAUUAAAUAGGUUUUAAUGCUAAAUACAAUUCAUAACUGCUUUUUUUUUUUUUUUGCUACAGGUUUUGAAAGGCUAUCGACACUUGAGAAUUUAGAGAUUCUUAAUUUAGGUUAUAACAACUUCAACAACAAUAUUUUAUCAUUCUUCAGUGAUUUUUCAUCUUUAAAAUCUUUAUAUAUGAAUGAUAACAAAUUAAAAGGAAUACUGAAUGUUGAAGGUAUACUUCACUUAUUUCUUUUUUUUUUUCUUUCCUAUAAUCUUUGGUUCUUGACCAGUCUGUCAAAAGCUGUUGGUUUUGUGAAUGUAUUCUUUGUUACCAUUGUUAUGGUUUUUACAUAUUGUAAUCUAGAGUACCUUGACUUGAGUUUUAAUCACUUUGAUAAUAACGUGUUAUCAUUUCUCAAGGGGCUUUCAUCUCUCAAAACUUUAGAUAUAAGUUACAACCAAUUGAAAGGACCAUUUGACUUGAAAGAACUAGAGGCUUGGAGCAAACUGAAGAAGCUAAGUUUAGGUGGAAAUGAGAUUCACGAAUUUAUUUCAUCAACAGGCUUUCCUGUUUUCAGAAAUUUGCAACACUUGUACUUGGAUUCUUCUACUCUCAACAAUAGCUUUCUACAAAGCAUUGGAACACUGACCUCUCUCAAAGCUCUAUCGUUAUCUAAAUGUGGACUUACUGGCACCAUACCUUCAACCCAAGGAUUAUGUGAGUUGAAACAUCUCGAAUGUUUAGAUAUCUCAUUCAAUAGCCUCAGUGGUAAUUUGCCUUGGUGUCUAGCAAAUUUGACAUCCCUCCAACAAUUAGUUCUUUCUUGGAAUCAUUUCAAUGGAAAUAUCAGUUUAUCUCCUCUCAGCAGUUUGACAUCCAUCUAUGACUUAAAGCUUUCACACAAUAUGUUCCAAAUUUCAAUCUCUCUCAAUCCUUUUGUCAACCUCUCAAAGCUUACACAUUUUAGUGGUUGGAGUAACAUAAUAUAUGCAGAAACAGAGGUGGAGGAUAUGAUCCCAAAGUUCCAAUUGAAGAUGCUUUAUUUGUCUGGUGAUGGAUAUGGUGGAGUAUUUUCUAAAUUCUUGUACCAUCAAUAUGAUCUUGAAAUGAUUGAGCUGUCGAACAUCAAAUUCAGGGAAAAGUUUCCAUAUUGGUUGUUAGAUAAUAACACGAACCUAGAAGAACUUUAUUUAGCCAACAAUUCUCUUUCCGAGCCUCUUCAAUUACCAAUUCACUCUCAUACCAAUUUAUCUGCGUCGGACAUAUCUGAUAAUAGCUUUCAUGGUCGUAUUCCAAUACAGAUUGGAGCAUAUUUUCCAAGUUUGACAGAACUAAAAAUGUCUACAAGUGGUUUCCAUGGUAGCAUUCCCAAUUCAAUUGGAAAUAUGAGUUCAUUGACAUAUCUAGAUUUUUCUAAUAAUCAAUUCUCUGGUAACAUCCCCAAUUCGAUUGGAAAUAUGCCAUCUCUUUACGUUUUGGCUCUAACAGACAAUGAUGUUUCUGGAAGUCUACCAUCUAAUUUUAGCCUUUCAAGUAUAUCAGAAAUUCAUUUGUCUAGAAAUAGAAUACAAGGAUCAUUGGAGCAUGCAUUUUUUCGUGGCUCUGAUUUGCUUAUAGUGUUAGAUCUCAGCCAUAAUCAUAUGACUGGAAGCAUUCCAUCAUGGAUUGGAGGAUUACCUCAAUUGGGUUAUCUUAUCCUGAGUAAUAAUAAUUUUGAAGGCGAAAUAUCAAUUCAAUUGCGCAAGUUGAAUUAUUUAAGUGUAGUGGAUCUUUCACACAAUAAACUUACCGGUCCUAUUCACCCUUGUUUAAAAUGUAGUAGCAAUCCGGAUAGGAUAUUCCAUACUGGAGUAAAUGAUCUUUCUUCCAACAUGGAAGGACAUUUAGAGUUGAUAAUGAAGAGUUUGUCCUUAUCUUAUGAGGGAAUGAUUGCUACUUACAUCUCUGGAAUUGAUUUCUCUUGCAACAACUUUACAGGCAGCAUUCCUCAUGAAUUUGGAAACCUCAGUGAGAUCAAGCUACUGAACUUAUCCCACAAUAGUUUGAUAGGAUCAAUCCUUACAACAUUUUUCAACUUAAGUCAAAUUGAGAGUUUGGAUCUUUCAAACAACAAGUUGCAAGGGAGCAUUCCUUUGGAGCUUACCAAGUUAUAUUCUUUGGCUGCAUUCAACGUGUCGUACAACAAUUUAUGUAGCAGGAUACCUGAAGGGGUUGCACAAUUUGGAACAUUUAAUGAAAGCAAUUAUAUAGGAAAUCCUUUCCUUUAUGGAUGUCCACUGCUAAAAAACUGCAAUGCAAGGGAAUCGCCUCCAUCAGUAUCAAGAGCUUCAACUCACAGUUCAGAAAGCAUGGGCCUCAUAGAUGUGGAAGUUUUUUAUAUGAGCUUUGGAGUGUCUUACCUGAUGGUGUUGUUGGGGAUAGCUGUAGUUCUAUACAUAAUUUCUUACUGGAGAAGAGUCUGGUUUUACUAUAUUCAAGUGAGUAUGGACAACUGCUACUAUUUCAUCAUUGAUAAUUUUUUCAAGUUUAAGUUUCUUCUUAGAUGAAAUUUAGUUAUCAACAAGUGAAACAGUAAAAUUACUUCCCACUAACAUGUGUGGGAAGUAAAGUUGUAGAAACAUUAUGUUUCAAUUUUACUACGAUGAAGACAUGAACUUAUAUAUUUGAA